AUGCUGACCCCCGGGCAGUUAUCUCCCUUAGAUCUUAAAAGUGUAUACAGUGUCAGACCAGGAUCAGUUGUCAUGAUUUUUCCACGGAGUCGUGAUCAUGUGACCAUCGAUAUUGCUCAAUUGGAUGUAAAUUUCACACUGUCUGUUGAUCCUUCUAUGACGGUGUACAGUCUCAAAAAGCACAUCAGGAAGAUGCGAGGGAUUCCAAUUGAUAGACAGGAACUGCUUUAUAUGGAUCAAGCCUUAGAGAACAAUCGCCGUCUGCUGGAAUACAAGGUCAAGAACAGGUCCAUCCUGUAUGUAAUGAUUCAAGCUCAUUUUGAUUUGUUGAUUAAUGUGGAUACAUUUUGGGGGAUCACCUACAGAUUUUAUGUGGAUCCCUGCAGCACUGGCACUGACGUUGUCCACAAUGUGUUCAGUCGUACAUUUAGUCCCUCAGGUCCCAGGGAAUAUAAUGGUGUUCAUGAAUUCUUUAUCCCACUACACACUUUAGUUCUGAGUCACAAAUCCAGAUUUGUUCUUUGGGAUUACUGCCUAGCUGGAAUGGCCAUCAAAUCAGGUGACAGACUUUCACUUACUACUGUUGGCCAUCAAAACCACAUGAAAUCACAAGCCAUUUCAGUAGUUACAGACAAUGGACAAAGAUAUGAAGUCAAGGCUUCUAGAUAUGACCGAUGGUCAGUGGUAGCAUUUCUGAUGCAUGGAUUAACAAAUGUUCCUGUGGAUUUCAUUAAACUUUACAAAGAUAAAGAACUGCUGAAUUUUAUGAGAAUGAUUGGUGAAGUCCCUAAAGGUACUGCAAUUGUCAUGAAUGUUGUCAUGACACAUGUAGAUGGGGACCUCAUGUUUGGGGUACCUUUGAGGGUGAGUCUAGGGAAUGGAAUAAUAGAAAACGUAAAAAUUUCUGCAAAUAAGACUGUUAGGAGCAUCAAAAAGAAGCUAGAACAUUUUGGGGUCCCAAAUGCCUCGCAGUAUCAACUUCUCAUUGGAAAUAAAAAACUUCCAAACAGCAAUAUUAUUCAGAAUGUUGUGUACGAUCUUAAAACACCCCUCGCGUUAAAACUUGAGGAGUUUGCCGUGUUUGUCCAUACACCUGAUGGAGUCAUUUACAAAACUUAUGCAUCAGUGAUGCAAAGUAUUGGUCAGUUUAAAGAAAAGAUUCAGACAAAAUCUGGUUUUGAUAUGCGUCAAAGUCGUCUUUUAAUAGCUGGAGAAGAACUUCAUGAAUAUGACUCCGCCAUCUUAUAUGAUGCAGGAGUUAGCGUAAGAACAUCUAUAUUUGUCAAAACAGGAAGUGAAUAUGAGGUAUUUCAUGUCCUUGGAAGUUCAUUUGUCACUAAGGUCAUUCUUCCAAUCAAACCUUUGACCUCUGACAUUGAGAAAGCUCUGAAAAACAGGAGAGACAUUCCAGAGGGCAGUGUAAAUUGCAUGUUGACAUUCAUGUACUGGUUCUUUGUUCAUAGAUUGAUUAAAACGAACAAGAUAACUCACAGGAAACGUAUCAAGAAACGUUUGCCAAAAGCUAAGGAAAUGUUGUUCAUAUUCAAAUCUGGACGUAACCUUCAGGAUGUUUACCAACGUGGCAGCCUCAGAGCUGAAGCUCUAUCCCCCGCCUUCUUUCCUGGUGGCAUGGGCAGUGAAAAAGUUUACCCAAAACUUCAGCACCAUAUCAAGUUCCAAGCCAAUCCGUCAUUUGAACCUAGCCAGUUUUUAGAUGUUGCAGGUGAUAUUGUAAUACAAGGACAAAAUCUGAACUCCAGUGUGGUUCCCUUUCCAGACAUUCACCACAUUCCCACCACUAUAGAUCCACCACAUAGGGCUAGGACCCAGACCUUCUUAAAGGGUCCAGAUCGAUUUAAUCACAACAGGAAACAGUUUAUUUACAUUGGGUCAGAUGAUGAAGUUGGGCGGGAAACCCCUGCUCAACCUUGACAGAUCAAGAUUGAAA